AUGAGAAUUACUUUAAAAACUGCUCUUUUUCUCACCUCAUCCAUUUCCCGCGUUUUCCUUGAUAUUUUUCCUUUCCUUCUUCCUCCUACUUUUUUCUCAUCCCAUUCCCUUUUCUCGUUCAUUUCUCAUUAUUAUUUUCUUGCAUUUUCUCCACUCUUUGUUAAAUAUAACAUAUUUGUUGUAUUCUAUAAACAUACGCAUACACUCGUAUCUAUCUAUCUAUCUAUCUAUCUAUCUAUCCUAGUUGGUUCAUUAUCUAUAUAUCCCAGUCUGUUCAUUAUCUAUCUAUCUAUCUAUCUAUCUAUCUAUCGCAGUUUGUUCAUUAUCUAUCUAUCUAUCUAUCUAUCUAUCUAUCUAUCUAUCUAUCUAUCUAUCCCAGUCUGUUCACUAUCUAUCUAUCUAUCUAUCGCAGUUUGUUCAUUAUCUAUCUAUCUAUCUAUCGCAGUUUGUUCAUUAUCUAUCUAUCUAUCUAUCUAUCUAUCUAUCUAUCUAUCUAUCUAUCCCAGUCUGUUCAUUAUCUAUCUAUCUAUCUAUCUAUCUAUCCUAGUUUGUCCAUUAUCUAUCUAUCUCAGUCUGUGCAUUAUCUAUCUAUCUAUCUAUCUGAAUGUCUGCAUAUACUAUAACAUUAUCCCACCAAUGAAUUGUAACAAGCAAAGGUCCUCAACCCCUGUAUACUCCGCGAAUCUUGAUCUCCUCCUUACUCUCCUUUCUUCUACCUUCCAUUCUUCCUUGACCUUUGUUUCGGAUCAUCUUCAGAUAUUUUUUCUUUUUUUUUCUGCGUCGAACAUCGCCAUCUGGGCCAAAAAGAAUCCAAGCGACUUUGGAACUUGGAAGAAGCGUUAUUUGCCAUCUUGGUGGCGUCAAGGGAGAAUCGAACCAACUUCUCAUGAUAAACUCUUGGAAGUGUCCCUCUCCCUAUCUCCGACCUCCCUCUUGACUUCCACCAACCUCUCACCACCAGUAGCCUUGCCUUACCUCCUUUGCCGCCAACCUAUCUGUCGUAUACAGUAUAGACAGGCCCGUGUUGGGAGGCUGAUUCCCGUCACAAAGACCCCCGCCAUCUUUGCCUACGCUUUUGUCUUCUUUCUUAUUUUUUUUUGUACAAAGAAAAAAACAAACAAACAAAAAGAAGUUUAUCUAUCUAUCUAUCUAUCUAUCUAUCUAUCUAUCUAUCUAUCUAUCUAUCUAUCUAUCUCUCCCUCUCUCUCUCUCUCUCUCUCUAUAUAUAUAUAUAUAUAUAUAUAUAUAUAUAUUUAUAUAUGA